GUAUUGAAUGUUUGUUUCUUAGCGUGACACAGUGUAAUGAAAUUAUUACCAUACUUUCUGAUGUGAUCGUCUUAGAGAUGGAUCUCAGGAUUAUUGUUGGUUGCAUUUUCACUUUUUAUAUGAGCUUUUUGCUUUGAAUAAAUGUGUGCCAUCAUGGAGGAAGCAUCCGCGUAUUGUUAAUCCAGUUAAAUUUUGUUGGAUUUGUGUAAGCAAGUGUAAUAGUGACGAAGUAGCAAAUAUUUCUGUUUGUUUUGUUCAUUUAUUCAUCCAGGGAAAAUGACAACGAAAUAGCUUUUGUCAUUUUGGCACCACAAUACAGUGAAAAUAAAUUGCUAAAAUGUGUAUCACAUAUACGAGUGUGUUUUCGCGGGGGUACGACAGGCUGUCGACCGAGUCCUUCAGUAAGGAAGUUUCCCAAUAUUCGCCUGAAAUCAUUUUAGGAGAAGCACAAAACCGGGUUGCUGGGCACAGCGAGCAAAAUCCUCCCGUGUAUGACCUGUCUCAUUUGAGUACCAUGACUGAACCUGACCUAGAAGAUAUUGUAAACCCAAAGCUAGCACAAUAUUUGCGGGAGAAGAAGACAAGAAAACAAGUAGACUGUUCUGAGACAAAAACUGACAUUGAAGAAACAGAGUCACAGGAGCCACUUUCUGAAGAUGAAAAUUUUAUUCCAGAAGAAGAACAUACGUGUUGCCAGAAAAUUCCAUUGAAGGUAUGCUUCCCAAUGGACAGAACAGUUCAAAACACAAUAAAAUUGGUAAAACACCAAAGGAAAAUUGAAGAAAUGAUAAGAGAGGUCAAAAAGGAAAUGCGUGCACAGAAAGGAAGGAAAGCAGGAGUUGCAAUGAGCAUCAAAACUGAGAGCCUUCCAGGAUCAGCAACUGCCCCAGAAUUUCCACUUAAUGAAGAUUCUGAUGAUUCUUUAUGGGUGGAAGCUGCAGAAUAUGGAGUUCAAGCAGUGUCUGAUGCAGAAGAGUAUGGAAAUGAGGACCAUGAUGAAGAUAACUCAGUAGAUGAACUCACCUCAGAGGAGGAUGAAAAAGCAAAGAGCAGAGACAGGAGUGUUACUGAUGUGCAUAUGUGGCCACCAUGUCCGCCACUCCCAAAGUUGAAGAAAGUUAAGAUAAAGGCAAAGAGUUGUUACCCCUUUCAAGACGUUCCCAAAUAUGGAAGCCGGUUCUCGUUAGGAAGAGGCUACAAGUCCUUAAACUUGGGACAUAAAAAUGUAAUAAAACUGUUAAGGAAAGGAAUUGCAGUUCUGCUGUUGCAUUAUGGUUGGCAAGAGACGUCUAGAGAAACACUUGAUGUACUGACAGACUUUGCUGAAGAAUUCUUUCUAAAGCUCACAAGGUUACUGCGAACAGCCGUAGAUCAUCAGUUGGAGACAGGGACCACAGGAUUUCCAGAUGUAUUGGAGCGUGUACUUGUGGAAAUGGGCCUAGGAGGCAUAGAAGGAAUUGUUCAAGAUUAUCAGCUACGAGUAUUAAAUUACAACAACUUCGUUCUUGGAAAUUGUUUACGAGUAAUGGAAGAAUAUAAAAUGCUUACACAGACGAGGCAGAAGGACAUAAUUUCUGAACUGGUGUGUAAAAUUGAAGAUGAAGAUGGGGAUGUGCCAGAAAUACACUUUCCAGCACUCGGAGAAGGCUAUGCAGUUGAUGAAUUACAGCCAUCACUGGAACCUGGGUUUCAGAUGCUUCACAGCCUGGAGCAGGAAGAACAGUUACAGAAUUUGGAGGCAGAGGAGGAGAUGACUAUUGGCGACUCACUAAGUCAGGAAUCACAGCUUAGCUCUUACAGUGCCUCAGGAGGUACUCCAAGAAGUAAGAAGAAAAGAAAAAAGUGAUGGCAUUAGCAUUAUAUGAAGCACUAAAUAAGUGGCGGAUUUGAUAUUUAUUGAGCAUUGAGAAAACACUUUGAUGAUAUACUGUGAAAUAAAGUGAAAUAACCUUUUGGUUGUUACUUUUCAUUGUAGCUGCCAGCUAUUCAUUGUAGCUGCCAGCUUACUUAAUGUGGUAAUUGUUUGUUUGUAGUUUAAUUUUUUGCUGUUAUGUAAGUGCAGUACAUUGUAAGACAUGCUAAAGAUAAAGAAAUUUAUUUAUUUUCUGCUGGUAACAUGUGGUUUAAUGUGUUUGGCAAUAUCAGCACUGUGCAGUUACAGCAUUGUUUGGCCAAACACAAUUUUUUUAAACUCUUAUUGCACAGUAAUUUCAUACGGCAGCAGUAGUUUUAUAUGCAAUUUAGCACUGCAUUUAUUGCUAGGACACAAUAGUCACUGACAUUAUUCAUGAUAAUUUCAAGUUGCAGUGGCAUUUAAGGUUAAGCCCUUUAAAAGUAUUUCCAGUCAAAAUCUUCAGAAUAUUUGUAGCAGAUUAUGAAAAAAUGCUCCUUUGACAUAAGGUCAUUUUGCUGUUAAUGUUAAUCUUCAGUUAACCAUAUGUAAAUCUGUUUCACAUCUCAUAUUCAUGGUUAUGAAUUUGCAUGUUCCUUUUUGUGAUUAAGUGUGUUUUCACUAACUUAAUAGUUUGUGGCGUAUACAUGGUGUAAAUAGUGAGAAUAUUAAAGUGAAUAAAUAGGCCUUUACCAGAUGUUCAUUGUUUCACUUU